GUGCCACCCAACUCUUAUAAUUAGCCUGCACAUGCACUGUGUUAGCAAACCGCCUACCCUUGUGCAAAUUGAGCAUGGGUUUGCUACCAGUAGUAGGUCUUCUCGCUGUCUUAGGUCAUUUUUCUUUCCGUAGAAUCAAACAACCCAAGAAGACUGAAACCACUGAGACACUAACUAGAGCUCCUGAACCAGACGGGGCAUUGCCCUUGAUAGGUCACCUCCAUCUCCUAGGAGGUGAAGCCCCGGUGGCUCGUAUUCUCGGAGCCAUGGUUGAUAAACACGGCCCCAUUUUCUCCCUCCGGCUCGGCAGCCACCAAGCCCUAGUGGUGAGCAGUUGGGAAUUCGUUAAAGAAUGCUUCACUACCAACGACACAAUCUUCGCGUCGCGCCCGUCCAUGGCGGUGAGCAAGUACUUUUACGACCACGCCGUGUUUGCCCUAGCCCCUUACGGACCCUACUGGCGCGAUGUCAGAAAGAUCGUCACUCUCGAGCUGCUUACAAACAGCCGUCUUGAGAAACUCAGUCAUGUCCGAGAAUCAGAAGUGGACUCGUCCAUUAGAGAUCUGCACUUACUGUGCAUGAAAAAUGUUGACAAUCCCACCACGGUUGUGAUGAACAAGUGGUUUGAGCACUUGACCUUCAAUAUAAUCCUCAGGAUGCUAGCUGGGAAGCGAUUUUCAGGAAGCAGUGAAUCAGGACCAAACAACCCAGAAGAGAAUGAAAUAAAAGAAGCGAUAAAGAAAGGGCUGUAUCUUAGUGGGAUAUUUGUGGUGUCAGAUGCGAUUCCAUGGCUGGAGUGGGUGGAUAUAGGAGGGUAUGUGAAAGCUAUGAAGAAGACGGCAAAGGAAAUUGAUGUAGUACUUGGUAAUUGGCUCCAGGAACAUAUUGACAAGAGAAAAUUAUUGGCGGAGGAGGGUGAGAGUUGUGAUAGAGGUAGUGGUGGUGGUAAUAGCCAAAGUGAUUUCAUAGAUGUGAUGCUAUCAGUCCUUGAGGAAGAUACUGAAAUGUCUGGCUACAAGCGUGACACUGUCAUCAAGGCAACUAUAUUGAUUCUCAUAUUGACUGGAUCAGAAAGCACAGCCGAGACACUGACAUGGGCUCUGUCCUUACUCCUAAACAACCGGCGUGUAUUAAAAGCGGCUCAACAAGAACUAGACAUCCAAAUCGGAAGACACAAAUGGGUUCAAGAAUCAGACAUCACCAAGCUACCCUACCUCCAAGCCAUAGUCAAAGAAACACUCCGCUUGUACCCACCAGGCCCUCUAGCAGGACCCCGUGAGGCCACCCAGGACUGCCACGUCGGCGGCUACUUCGUCCCCAAAGGAACCCGCCUCAUCGUCAACCUCUGGAAGCUACAGCGAGACCCCCGUAUCUGGACUCACCCCGAUGAGUUUCGGCCCGAGAGAUUUAUCACCGACCAUGCCAAUGUCGGUUACAGAGGGCAGCAGCACGAGUACAUUCCGUUCAGCUCUGGCAGAAGGAUGUGCCCCGGUGUCACCUUUGGCUUGCAAGUGGUGCAAUUGACGCUGGCGCGUUUGCUUCAUGGAUUCAACAUUGCUACGCCGAUGGAGGUCCCGGUGGAUAUGACGGAGGGCUUGGGGAUUGCCCUGCCCAAAGUGAAUCCGCUUGAAGCUGUCCUCACUCCGCGACUUCCUUUCGAGGCUUAUUAUGAGAAUGUUUGAACUGGUUAUGUUAUGUGUAUGUGGAUCUGGAACUUUUUUUUAAUUAGGUGAAGACUUGUUAGUUUGGAAGGGAUGUCUACUUAGAUAUGGUAUUGUAAUAAAGGUGAUUGGUUAUCACAUCAUUUAUAGUGCAAAAAUUCAUCAGUGUGUUAGACAUGCA